AUGGAGAGGAGCAGGAGGCUGUUCGAGACGGAGACGCACGGGGGCCGGGCGGCGUACAGGCUCCACGCCGUCACGGUGGCCGCCGGGAUCCUCCUGGUGCUCUACUACCGGGCGACGCACGUGCCGGCCGCCGGCGAGGGGAGGGCGACGUGGCUGGGCAUGCUGGCGGCGGAGCUCUGGUACGCCGCCUACUGGGUGGUCACGCAGUCCGUGCGCUGGAGCCCCGUCCGCCGCCGCCCCUUCAUCGACAGGCUCGCCGCCAGGCACGGAGAAAGGCUACCGUGUGUGGACAUCUUUGUGUGCACUGCGGACCCCUACUCGGAACCACCAAGCCUCGUCGUCUCCACCAUCCUAUCGCUCAUGGCGUACAAUUACCCGCCCGAGAAAUUAAGCGUGUACCUUUCUGACGACGGAGGCUCGAUUCUCACUUUGUAUGGCAUGUGGGAGGCCUCCUUGUUUGCAAAGCACUGGCUGCCAUUCUGCAAGAGAUAUAACAUUGAGCCAAGGUCACCGGCCGCUUACUUCUCAGAGUCAGAUGGGCAUCAAGAACUGUGCACCCCAAAAGAAUGGUCAUUGAUCAAGGACAUGUUUGACAAAAUGACUGAGCGAAUUGACACGGCUGUCAUGUCGGGCAAAGUUCCCGAAGAAAUCAAAGCAAGGCAUAAAGGGUUUUAUGAAUGGAACCAGGAAAUCUCCUCAAAGAAUCACCAGCCAAUUGUUCAGAUUCUGAUAGACGGCAAGGACCAAAAUGCAGUUGAUAAUGAAGGAAAGGUGCUACCAACACUUGUUUACAUGGCGCGUGAGAAGAGGCCUCAACACCACCAUAACUUCAAAGCUGGGGCCAUGAAUGCUCUGAUAAGGGUAUCAUCAGUGAUAAGCAACAGCCCUAUCAUCAUGAAUGUGGACUGCGAUAUGUACUCCAACAACAACGAUGCGGUCAGAGAUGCACUGUGCUUCUUCCUUGAUGAAGAAAUGGGUCACAAGAUCGGAUUUGUGCAGUACCCUCAGAACUAUAACAAUCUGAGCAAGAAUAACAUAUAUGGGAACUCCCUCCAUGUCAUCAAUGAGGUGGAGAUGGGUGGUAUGGACAGUUUGGGUGGUCCUAUGUAUAUUGGCACUGGAUGUUUCCACAGAAGGGAGAUCCUUUGCGGCAGGAAGUUCACCGAAGACUACCAAGAAGACUGGAAUGCAGGGAUCAAGGACAAAUUACAAGAGAGCAUAGAUGAGACUGAAGAGAAAGCCAAGUCUUUAGCAGCCUGCACAUAUGAACACGGCACGCAGUGGGGAGACGAGAUUGGGGUAAAAUAUGGUUGCGUGGUGGAGGAUGUAAACACCGGAUUCGCAAUACAUUGCAGAGGAUGGGAGUCGGUCUACAACAAUCCUAAAAAACCAGCGUUUAUGGGUGUAGGUCCAACAACACUUGCUCAGACGAUACUGCAACACAAGCGAUGGAGCGAGGGUAUCUUCUCGAUUUUCCUUUCAAAGUACAACGUCUUCUUGUUUGCGCAUGGAAAAACCAAGCUACAGCAUCAGAUGGGCUACCAUAUCUAUGGACUAUGGGCACCCAAUUCGCUCGCUACACUAUAUUAUGUUAUCAUCCCUUCACUGGCCCUCCUCAAAGGCACCUCCCUUUUCCCAGAGAUUACAAGUCCAUGGAUCGCACCCUUCGUAUAUGUCUUCUGCGUGAAGAACAUGUACAGCCUAAUGAGGCACUAUCAUCUGGAGACACGCUAA